UGAAUACUACUCCACGAACGUAGAAAGAGAAUGGUUUGGCACGCGUGAGAAGUGCGAGUUUUAAAGAAUCGGCCGGAGAGUGUUGCUGUUGCGCUUUUAUGUUACGACAAUUUUUGGGGAAAAAUUUCGAGUAUUUUUUCAAAAAUAUUAACAUUCCAUUAUUUAUAGUUACAAAAGUUUUUCAAUCAUAUAACACAAGUAUUUAUUCGUCGUUAUUAAAGCCUGCGUAUCUGAGUAUUAUGCCGCCAAAACGAAGUCGUCCAGCGAAGGCCGUUCUGACCAAAGCUCCGAAAGAAUCGUCAGAAUGCCCGACUCCAACAUCAGCGAAAAAGACAAAAAGGGCCGACGAAAACGACGAAGAACCUACUUCGAAAAAACCUAAACUUGAUACUCCAAAAACAAUGAUGAACAAAGUUGAUUCGGACUUGAGCACCAUGGAUUUUGGUUGCGAAAAAUUGAACGCCAAUGGUGACAAGUACAAUUUAAAAAUAAGUACUUGGAACGUUUCUGGAAUUAGAGCUGUCAUAAAAAAAAAUGGUAUGGAUUAUAUUAUAAAAGAAGAUGCAGAUAUUGUUGCAUUGCAAGAAACAAAAUGUGAAAGCAACAAACUCCCCAACGAAGUAAAAUUACCAGGAUACGAGCGUUACUUCUUGGAAAGCAAAAAAGCAGGUUAUUGCGGAGUGGCUUUGUAUUCAAAGGUGAAACCAAUUGAAGUGAAAUAUGGGCUCCCGAACUCGGGAUGCAAUGACGAAGGUAGAUGCAUAAUGGCAGAGUUUGAGAAAUUCUACUUGGUCAAUGUUUAUGUACCAAAUGCUGGAAACAAAUUGGUUACAAUGCCCAAAAAACUAAAAUGGAAUGAAGCAUUCAAAGCGUUCAUUUUAAAAUUGGACAAAGAAAAACCAGUUAUUAUUUGUGGUGAUUUAAACGUAGCUCAUCAAGAGAUAGAUCUGAAAAAUCCAAAAACCAACACGAAGAACGCUGGUUUCACACCAGAAGAGCGAGAAGGAAUGACAGAUCUUCUAGCAGCAGGUUUUGUCGACACUUUCAGAGACUUGUAUCCAGAAAAAACUGGAGCUUACACGUUCUGGUCAUACUUUGCAAAUGCAAGAGCAAAGAAUAUUGGAUGGCGACUCGACUACUACUUGGUGUCUGAAAGAAUCAAGAAAAACGUUUGUGACCAAAUCAUAAGAGAUCAAGUUUAUGGUAGCGAUCACUGUCCCGUGGUUUUGUACAUAAAUUUGUAAAUAUCAAAAAAUUAUCCAUUCCGCAUUAGUGCCAAUCCUCAAACAGUAUUUAUUGCGUUAUUUUUUUCAACAAAACUCUCAAAAAUAAAGUAUUGAUGAAGUAAUUUUUCAAAAAUUCCCAGGAAUACAAGUUAAUUUAAGGAUUUUGAGUGAAUUUAUUUUAGUAACUUGUACGAGUGUUUUGGUAAUUCUUCGAUAAUAAAUCGCAUUUUUCUUAA